AGAACGAAUGCAAGGAACGCAACCAACCGUGCUAUCGAUCUGGACGCCGUCAUAGAAGAAGCUGGAGAGAGGUGGAAGACGCUAUAACCGAGCAGCAAGAGUCGGUAUACGAGGCCAUGACAAGCGACUUCAAGGAGCGCGGAAAAGGAGCUUUACAUAACAAGUUCACUUCAGAUGGCCGCAGCAUCGCCAAUGUCUUGCAAGAGGAAAGCGAAAAAAUUCAACCGCUCCUACACAUGAUAAAUGGUAUUCAUCGAUAUGUUGACGAUAUUGGCACGGCCGACGACAUUAAAAGAUGGCCAUUCUACAUCUUGUCCUUCAAUAUACUCUGUGAGGCAAAUGGGAUCUACUACCCGCUAGAAAUUGGACUCGUAGAGUACUCAAUUGAGCAAGGUCUCAUACGAGCCUUCCACAAAUUCGUCGACCCAGGUCCAAUACCUCUUGGCUUUUGCAAGUGCUGCAAAAAGCCACAGUAA